AUGUGAGGCGCGGCGAGCCGGGGUCCGAGGAGCGGCGGGGCGGCGGGGCGAGGCGAGAACCCGGCCCCCCCCCGGGCCUGCGCGGGCCGGCCUCCUGCCCGCCACGUCGGUUCGGAGCCGGGCCCGGCGGGCACAGCUCACCCUGCUCUGCCCUCCCGCAGCCUCCUAGACGCGGAGCAGCCCGGGCAGCCAACCCACGCGCGUGCGGCACCGGCCGGACUGACGGACGGACUGUCGGACGGACGUCGGGGGCGAACAUGAAGCCCGAGCGAGAUACUCUGGAUGAAUAUUUUGAAUAUGAUGCAGAAGAGUUCUUGGUGUCUUUGGCCUUGCUGAUCACAGAAGGACGGACUCCUGAGUGCUCGGUGAAGGGUCGCACGGAGAGUUCCCACUGCCCCCCAGCACAGGCCUGUCACCCAGUAGCUACCAAACAUGAGUGUAGCGACAAGCUGGCCCAGUGUCGCCAAGCCAGACGGACCAGGUCUGAAGUCACACUGUUGUGGAAGAACAACCUUCCCGUCAUGGUGGAGGUCAUGCUGCUGCCAGACUGCUGCUACAGUGACGAAGGGCCCACCAUGGAAGGGCUCGACCUCAAUGACCCUGCCAUCAAGCAAGAUGCCUUGCUGUUGGAAAGAUGGAUUCUGGAGCCAGUUCCUCGACAGAAUGGCGAUCGAUUUAUUGAAGAGAAGACACUUUUAUUGGCUGUUCGCUCGUUUGUGUUUUUUUCUCAAUUAAGUGCUUGGCUGAGUGUUUCUCAUGGUGCUAUUCCACGAAAUAUUCUCUACAGAAUCAGUGCUGCUGACGUUGACCUACAGUGGAGUUUUUCACAGACUCCAAUUGAACAUGUGUUUCCUGUUCCUAACGUUUCUCACAAUGUGGCCUUGAAAGUCAGCGUUCAGUCCCUACCCAGACAAUCAAAUUACCCAAUUUUGACCUGUAGUAUUCACACUAACAUUGGCCUUUAUGAGAGCAGAGUUCACGAGCAUGAACUUAAAACUCUUCAGCACCGCGUUUCUAAUGAGGCAGAGCAAUGUAGUACAAAUAGCUCGCAGCGUCUGUGUAGCAAACAAACAUGGACCAUGGCACCUGAGAGUGUUUCACAUGCCAGGAGAGGCACAACUCCAGAAUAUACUGCAGCUGUCAAGAUUACCAGAGCCUGUCCAGGCGCGGGCAGUAAAUCUGACUAUGGAACAUCACAAGCCAGUGUGCUGGGCUUCAGUGGUGUAGGAGAUAAAAAGUCACAUGAAACAUCAGUGAGAACUUUAAAAUCAUUCUCAGUGACUGAUUCCAGUGUCCCUAGCUUGCAGGGUUCCUGGCAGCCAGUUGGGGACGCUGAUCCUUUAAUAGGUACUUUAAUUCAGGAUCGACAAGAAGUUAUUGCAAGAAUUGCUCAGCAUUUGAUUCAUUGUGAUCCGAGCUCUUCCCAUGCUUCUGGAAAUCCAUUUAAUAUUCAGGAGUCUAGUUCUCUUCAUGCAAAACUUUUCCGAGUUUCCCAAGACAAUGAAAAUGUGAGAAAAUGUAAAGAAGCUUUGUCUGUCACUUUUGGUCAUCCAGAACUUUCCUCCUCAGAAGACACCACCAGUGAGGGGAAGAUUAGAGUAAAACAAGAAACCUCUCAAAACGACACUUGCAUUUCUAACGGGCCUUGCUCUCGGCAGUAUGUGAGUGAGACGAAUCCUCUGAUAGGUUCUCUACUCCAGGAGAGACAAGACGUCAUCGCACGGAUUGCCCAGCACUUGGAGCACAUUGACCCAACCGCGUCACAUCUGCCCCGGAAGGCACUCGGCACCCUCGACUCCCGCUUGGUCCCUUCCAAAGUAUUUAGGAGUUCCUAUGAAGACAAAAAUUUGUUGAAGAAAAACAAGUGUGACACCCCUUUUUUCAUCUCUAGUACUAAGUUUUCCUUGUUAGAAGACAGCAGUGAAGGGGAAAACAUAAUACCUAGUAAACCUUUUCAUUCCUUCAAAUGCAACAGUACUGACAAGGCCUCUUUUAAACCCCACAUAAGACAAAAUCCACAUCAGGAAAGUCCUAGUGAAAUCAUCCAAAGCACGUUUCAAGAGACACAUGACAAUGCCUGUAAUUUAUCAACUCCCUCAAAUAUACCUCAUUACAAAGAGAAUAACUUAGAGUUGACAAUCAAAUCAGAAAAUAUACUUUCUGAGUGUCAGUUUAAGGAAAAAGAAGUUAGCAGUGGAAUCAAUAAACAGUAUUCAAAUUGCAACAGUAUUGACAGAGAGAUUUGCACAAAUAAGUAUAAGGAAAAAAUAAUAGAAAAAGAAAAUUGUAAUACAGACUCUAACAAUCACCAAUUUGAUCAUACAAAGCAAACUGACUCGAAAGUAAAAGUUAAUAGAUUGGAAAUGACUGGAUAUUUGAACAAAGAUGAAAAUAAGUGUUCAAACAAAGACUCAAAAAGACCUAAGACAUGUGAACAAAAGACUCAGCUUCAUAGUAUAGAAAAUUAUCUCAAAGACAAUGAAAGCGUCAAAUGUAAAAAGCAAGACUUAUUAAAAAGCAAACAAGAUAAGAAGGAAGAUUCAAUUGAUGAAAAUUCUCAAAGCAGUCCUCAGACUAAGAGUGUAAAAAACAGUUUGUCUUCCUGUGAACAACUGAAAAAUACAGAGAGGACUGCACUGCUGAAACAUUCAAGUGUCUGGCAGAAACACAAUUUUCAUUCCUUGGAUGGAACUUCUACGAGGGCCUUUCAUCCUCGAACAGGAUUGCCUCUUCUUUCAAGCCCUGUUCCUCAGAGAAAGACACAGUCAGGUUUCUUUGAUCUGGAUUCUUCAUUACUGCAUCUUAAAAACCUAUCAUCUAGAAGUCCUCAGUCAUGUUUAAACAUUGAAGAUGAUCCAGAUGUUCAUGAAAAACCAUUUCUGAGUUCUAGUGCUCCACCUAUAACAAGUCUCAGUCUUUUAGGAAAUUUUGAGGAAUCUGUCUUGAACUAUCGUUUAGAUCCUCUUGGCAUUGUUGAUGGCUUCACUGCCGAGGUGGGGGCAAGUGGUGUAUUCUGUCCCACGCAUUUGAUGCUUCCUGUUGAAGUGUCAUUCUACAGUGUUUCUGAUGAUAAUGCUCCCUCUCCUUAUAUGGGUGUGAUUACUUUAGAGUCCCUUGGUAAAAGGGGUUAUCGAGUACCUCCUUCAGGAACAAUACAAGUGACCUUAUUUAACCCUAAUAAGACCGUUGUGAAGAUGUUUGUUGUGAUAUAUGAUUUACGAGAUAUGCCUGCCAAUCAUCAGACAUUCCUACGACAGAGAACAUUUUCUGUACCUGUUAAGCAAGAAAUGAAGAGAAAUAUUAAUAAAGAGAACAUUCGACACACAGAAGAACGGUUAUUACGCUACCUCAUACAUCUGAGGUUCCAGAGUUCUAAGUCUGGAAAGAUCUACCUCCAUAGAGAUGUGCGACUCCUGUUCUCCAGAAAGUCGAUGGAAGUUGAUAGCGGUGCUGCAUAUGAGCUCAAAUCUUACACGGAAUCACCCACAAACCCUCAGUUUUCACCAAGAUGUUGAUCAGUAGAUUGCUCAGUAACCACAUCUGAAAGCAAAAAUUCGUAUCGAACAGAGUGUAUCAAAUUAAUAGCCAGGAGAAUGGAUCUUCUCCUGUUAAUCCUGGACCAGUUUUUAUUAAAGGAUUCCUGGAAUGAGAUCCAUAUAUUCCAAGUAGACUGGAAAAGCUCAUGUCCUCAUUUUUUUUGUACCAUUGAAACCUCUUCAUUGGACAUGUUGCAAGAGCAAGCACCCCCACCCCCAUUUAGACUAGUGUUUACAUAUUUCCCAGUUAUUUAAUAUUUAAUGUUUUCCUUAAUACUCAAGUCAUAUUUGUCUCCAGUAUUCUAAUGUAGCACAAAUUCUAUGUAAAAUCAUACUAUGUAUUUUUGACAUUAAUGUUGAAAUUGAAAUAUAUACACAAAAUCUUUAAUUUUGUGUGAUGUGUUUAAGUAUUAUUUAAGUUAUUGAAAAGGAGAAUGAAAUACUACGCUUCCUUAAUAUUAAUGCACUAUGCAAGCAUGUAUACGUUUUCCAUUUCCUGAGUUUAGUUUCAAUGAGUUCCCCCCAGGUUACUGCCUCACACCCUGCAACGUGCUGUACUGACGGUGCAAUGUGGAUUAAGCUGCUUCACAUGCCCUCUGCAAGGUCAGAUCAUUAUGCUCCUUCAUAAUUUUUCUAGAAUCCCAUUUCCCAAGAACAGUUCUAUUUUUCCUUAGUCACUACUACAAAAACUUUACAUUCAACUGCUCUCCUACUCUAGAUAACUUUUGCAAAUUGUUAAAAA